AUGGAUUGUGGAGACUUGAUAAGCAAUUUGCCGGAUGAUAUUCUUGGCAAAGUCCUGUCUUUACUUCCGACAAAACUUGCUGUAUCCACAUCUGUUCUGUCCAAGAGAUGGAGGAAUCUGUUCCUUCUUGUAGACAACUUUGAUGUGGAGGACUCAGCAACUUCAACUGGUGGUUUCACUGAUUUCAUGGAAAAAACAGUGGCUCUCUUCAACACUACUCGUCCCAUCAAGAGACUCUCUCUGCAUGGCGGAGGCUAUGAAACAUCUCUCGUUAACCGUUGGAUUCAAAGUGCACUCGAACGCGGCUGCUUGGAGCUAAGCUUGCAACGCCAUCCAUAUGAACAUUCUAUUGAUAUAUCGAUCUUCUCGAGCAACAGAUUAGUAAAACUCACACUAUCCGAUCGAACUAUCCUCGAAGGGGACGCUCCACCUAAGGGCACAGUGUAUUUCCCAGCGCUCAGGACACUUUCUCUCGGUGAAAUCGAGAUUGAUCCAUUCCUGUACACGUGGCUCAUCUCUGGCUCCCCAGGGCUGGAGGAGUUGUUCAUACGUGAUGCUGAGGAUUACUGGGGCGCAACAUGGAAGGGGUAUGUCUUGAGUGACUCCAUCAAGCGACUCACCAUCUCUUUCCAUGUUCCUGAAGACUCUUUUGCUUUUGGAGAUGUAGCUGUGUUGGAGACACCGAGUCUUGUGUUUCUUGACUACUCUGCUCUGGUCUCCAAAGGCUAUACCAUUGAUGAUAUGGACUCACUUGUUGAAGCUAGACUUGAUCUUCGAACGUGGUCAUUUUAUUUUGGCGAUGUUACAAAUCUGGUUAAUGCCAUAAGAAACGUUAAGACCCUUCACCUAUCUUCCUAUACUCUUGAGGCGUUACGCAUGUGUUGUGAUACCAUGCCGGUGUUCUACCGUCUCCGGCAUCUAUCUUUUGAGAGCGACAAGGAAAUAGGAUGGCAAUCAUUGCCUCGUCUGUUAGAAAGCUCUCCAAAUCUACAAACACUUGUUAUAAAGGGACUUUUGCACGAAGUUACUAGGAAAUGUGGAAACGCAUGUUGUUGCAUUAGCAAGUUGAAAUAUAAAGAAUCGUGUUGUUUAUCGGCUUCUCGAGUGAGAGUGUUGGAGAUUUCAGGGUAUGGAGGAAGAAUUAAAGAGUUGAAACAAAUGAGGCAUUUCUUGGGGAAAAUGAAAUAUCUUGAAACGGUGAAAAUUAGCGUUGAAGAGAAGAGCAAGAAGAAGAAGUACUUGCGAGCCAAUAUAAUGUCUCUUCAUAGAGCUUCAUCUAAAUGCAACAUCCAUUUCAUAUGA